AUGUCGUCUAAUACCGAUACCGACGAUGUACUAGACUUCAUCAAUUCAUUACCAGACUCUAAGUCGAAUACACCGCAGCCUCCAAAUGGGGAGAAGAAAGUGGGUAAUCAGGAAGACUUAUUAGACUUCUUGGACGAGCUAGAGAAUCAUGAUAAAUCAAAAGCUUCAACACCCAUGGUAGCUAAGACAAAAUUUGAACCAAAAAAGAAACAAGAGAAGGACUUAAAUGAAAAAACACCAAAUCUAAACGAUAACACAGAAACGAACCAAGAGGUGACUGGUGAAGCAGAAGUGAGUGAUAGGGCUACUACUAAAGAAGAGCACGAAUUACAAUCCGCAAAUGAUGAACUAAACAUUGACCCAAUUGGUUCCAUUUCUUCAUGGUGGCAGAGCGAAGGCUCUUCCAAGGUAUCUUCACUCUGGGGUACCUUCACGUCGAAUGCACAUCAUAUAAGUGAACAGACUUAUCAAAUAGCAUCAAGUACGACCAAUCAAUUGAAUCAACAAAGGCAAAAAAUCUUGAGCGAGUCUGAAGGUUUUGAAGAGCAAUUCGAAGUAAUUUCAACUCGCUUAAAUUCUAUUCUCUUGAAUAUGUCACAGCAAAUUAAGCAAGGAUUAAUUGAUGACGAUGACGAACUAUUGAAUAUUUUAUUAAUAAAUGAUUUGGACAACAUGAGCUAUUUGAGUAAUUUGUGUUCUGAUAAAUUUAACCUAGUUAUGGAUCAAGUUGAAGGUGGCAUAAGAGUGUCAGUCAAUAAUUUUAAUCAUAGGCAAAUGAUAUCUGAAACAGCCAGAAUUGAAUUGAAUAUGUUUCAUGGCAAGAUCAUUGAUGGAGAAAAACUUUGUGCUGCAAAUUUGGACUCAGCCGUCAAGGACUAUCAAAAAAUUACGAAGGACCAAGAAGAGUCGCAAUCCAAGGAAUCUUCAGCAAAUGAACUAGAUAAGAUCAAUAAGUCAAAUAUAUUUAUCUCAAUCCAACCGAUCAGCAGUAAGGUAUCUCAGGAUGAUCAAAAAGCUGCUACUUCUGAGGGCCCCAUGAUAAUCGAGGCCAAUAACUCUGACUCGUUUGCAUUUACCUUGAUCCUAAAGGAUGUGACGAAUAACAUUACCUUGAUAACAAAAUCACAACCUUUUCCUUAUAGAUGGUCUAAAUGGUUGGCUGGAGACUUUGAAGGAUCCUCUGAUUUUGAUGAUGUAGAUCCAAGUGAAUGGGUGAAAAGCUGGAUCAAGGAUGGCUUGAGUCUUAGCUUUGGUGUAUUAGCUCAAGAGUAUGUUGCGAAGAGGAUGGGGAUAGCAUAA